GUGUUAAUUUUCAUCUUUGUGUUGGUUUCUGGAAUUCUUGCAGAACUGCAAUAGUUACUGAAGGUUUUUUUAUUGAAACUAAUUGAAAAGGAAACAUUCCACGCUUCGUCUGGUUCUUUGAGAAUCCCAUUUAUCUUGAUUUGUUGGAUUUCAUACUUGAAGACAAAAGAUUUAGGUCUUUGGGAUUGCUAGACCUCUCUCUUCCUCCUUCUAUUAGCUUGCCAGAGAAGAUGAAUGUUGUCGGUAAGGUAGGGAGUAUCAUUUCACAGGGUGUUUACUCUGUCGCCACCCCAUUUCAUCCCUUCGGUGGGGCUGUUGAUGUUAUUGUUGUCGAGCAGCAGGAUGGGUCCUACAGAAGUACGCCUUGGUAUGUGCGGUUUGGUAAAUUUCAGGGUGUCCUUAAAGGUUCUGAGAAGAUUGUUCGCAUCUUUGUAAAUGGUGUGGAAGCUGGUUUCCAUAUGUACCUUGAUAAUUCUGGUGAAGCGUAUUUCAUUAGAGAGGUUUUGUCCAGUAAAGAUCAGAAGAUUGAUGGGAUUCAGAAGAAUCCUGACGAUUCAGAAGUUCAACAGCAAGAUAUUAAUAGCGGCUGUAGCAGUACUAGUAAUACUGGUAAUGACAAUAGUAGUGAUAAUCGUGUUAGUCCUAGUCAAGAUGAGAAGAUUAUAUCCAAUGCUGAGGAAUUUCUGAUUGCAAAUGAAUGCCUUUCCUUAAAUAGAGAGCAAAUUGAGAAUGUUGAAGCAGAUACUGAGAGGCAACUGUAUACAUUUGAAAAUGACAAGUCUCCUGGAGGGGAUCCUGUUGGAUCAUCAGAGUUUGGGGCUUAUCAUUAUGAGAGCUUAGAUCAUGUUGAGAGUGUUAUGGAAUCUCAGGGUUCAGACUCAGAGGUUGUAUUGGUGAGCGUGGAUGGUCAUGUGCUGACAGCACCCAUCUCUUCAUUGGAAGAGAACACAGAUAAUGUGCAGUUAAGUACACCGCAGUUUCAUCUGGGUCCGGGUGAAGGAACUGAGUUUAGCGGAGGUAAUGAGGAGUUUAGUACUGGGGAAGAUGCAUGGGCUGCUAAUUAUUUGACUGAUAUUGAUGCGUCUGAACCUAAUCUUGCAUCAGAGGGCAUGCUACCCAUCUGUGAUGCCAAUAAUGCUGAUUUGAAUCCUGCUGAAGUUUGUGAAAUUGCUGUUGAACUAGUCACUCAAGCUCAAGAUGAUCGGAACAUUGAAAGCAUUACAAUGGAUCAUGGUCACUUACCACAUGUAGAUAGUAUGAGUCAGAAAGAGGUUUUUGGGAGUUGUUUGGAUUUCUUAGAUUUACACACUGGGGAUGCAGAUGCACAAGAAAUUGGUUCUGCAUGCAUGGAAGUGGCCACAAAACAGGGCACUGAAGAUCCACUCGGGGAUUCUUCUUCCAGUCUUCCAGCAAAGGAGAAAAUUGAAGCCACAAAUGAUCCCAAAGUCAAGGCUGAUAGUGGGUUAUCCCCUCCUUGUUCAGCUUCUGCCCACAAUAGUAUGUUUGCAGGUUUAAGUAUUGAUGUUGAGGCAUUUGAGAAUAAUAAUUUGACGGUUGAGAGAUCAGAUAACGUGGAUUCUGACAGCAUGUCUGCCCAUUCUGUAAGCAAUGAUCCAGGAUGGAAGGAUGAACAAUUUGUUGUAGCACCAGAAGCACUUGGGUUUCAAAGUAGUCCAAGAACACCCUCACGUGAAGAAGAAUUCCGUGGCAGUGAGAUGGCAGAAUCUCAGAAAGGAACUUCUGGUAGAGGGAUGGGAUUUGAGAUUUCUCUUUGUGGGAAACUUCUGUAUGCCGGAAUGGGAAUGGGUCCUGCUGGUGCAGCCUUUGAUGCCCAUCGCAUAUCUGUGGAGGAGUUCAAAGCUUCUAUGGCAUCGAUUACCAAGAAUGAAAACCUCAUUGUUAGAUUUAAAGAGAGGUACUUAACAUGGGAUAAAGCUGCUCCUGUGAUUCUUGGAAUGGCUGCUUUUGGUUUAGAGUUACCUGUUGAGCCGAAAGAUGCAAUUCCUGUGGAACAGGAUAGGUCAUCCAAGCCCAAGGAAGAUGAUCCUGGAACCACUUCUACCCCUUCUAGCCGCAGAUGGAUGCUUUGGCCAAUCCCAUUUAGAAGAGUUAAAACUCUUAAGCAUACCAGUAGUAACUCAUCAAAUGAGGAAGUGUUUGUUGAUUCAGAACCUGGCUCACAAAACCCAUUUGUGGAACCAACUUCAACAUCUAAUACUGGCAGCAAGUCUCCUCACAAGCAGCUAGUAAGAACGAAUGUUCCCACUACUGAGCAGAUUGCAUCUUUGAAUCUUAAAGAAGGUCAAAAUAUGAUAACAUUCAGUUUCUCUACAAGGGUUCUAGGAAAUCAAAAGGUUGAUGCCCAUAUCUACCUGUGGAAGUGGAAUGCACGGAUCGUCAUCUCUGAUGUUGAUGGGACCAUUACCAAGUCGGACGUUCUUGGCCAGUUCAUGCCACUAGUUGGGAAGGAUUGGACACAAUCUGGAGUAGCACGACUUUUCUCUGCCAUUAAGGAAAAUGGUUAUCAACUACUCUUUUUGAGUGCGCGUGCAAUUGUUCAGGCAUAUCUAACCAGAAGUUUCCUUCUCAACCUGAAGCAGGAUGGAAAAACAUUGCCAAUUGGGCCUGUUGUCAUUUCACCUGAUGGAUUAUUCCCUUCACUGUACCGAGAAGUGAUAAGAAGAGCACCUCAUGAGUUCAAGAUUGCUUGUUUAGAGGAUAUUAAAGCACUUUUUCCUAAAGAUUACAAUCCAUUCUAUGCUGGCUUUGGAAAUAGAGACACUGAUGAGCUCAGCUACAAGAAAAUUGGGAUCCCAAAAGGGAAAAUAUUUAUUAUUAAUCCUAAGGGUGAAGUAGCCAUUAAUAACUGCAUUGAUGUGAAGUCAUACACCUCUUUGCACACGCUAGUCAACGACAUGUUCCCACCCACUUCACUAGUAGAGCAGGAGGAUUUCAACUCAUGGAAUUAUUGGAAGAUGCCACUGCCCAACAUUGACUGACAACACACUUUAGAGGUUUAAUUCUAUCAAUUGGUACAAUCAAGAGGGUGGGAGGAUCUGAGUUAUAUUGAUGGCCUCGAACACUCCCUUCAAGUUAUCCAUCCUCUGCUAUUAACGCCAUUCGCUAACUUUUUAAGAAAAGAGAAGAAUACCACUUUGCUUGUUCUUUAUUCAUUAAUCAUUUUUCAGGUGAUGCUUACAUAAUCUGUAAAACAAUUAUCCUCCAAAUGGGAGUUUUGGGUGCCAGGUUGGCUGAAAAAGGUCUCUUAUAGAAUAAAGAUUUUAUAAUCAUGAUAAGCGCACCCAUGAUAAGGUUGUCUGAUAUUUUGUUUAAGUUAGCCCCGUAAACAGAGGAUUUAUUUAAAUGGACUGAUUGUUCUGGACAUUGCAUCACCAAACCCCCAGUGUAUAAUAGGGUAUGUGGAUGGUU